AUGAAGUGUCGGACCGAUCAUCUCGAGCAAAAAAGCGCGGCAGAGGUGCUCUGUGGGUGGAUGUCUCCUGUUCGGCCCAAGUUUGCUGGGCAGGAGCUUUCGUUCCAGAAGGAUUCGAAGAUCGGUGUAGAAGGAUCCCACAAGGCGGCAGAGCCAGCCUUGUCCCCGGAGCAGCUCGAGGAGCUGGUGACCAACGAGCUUUUGGCCCAGGAUGCGGCGGCAUCAGAGCCCCUGCACAGACUCGACGAGUUUCUCCAGGUGCAAGAGAUGGACUGCUCCGCGCGCCUGUUCUACCUCAUGAACCGAACCGUGGGCUUGCGCGACGAGCUCGCGAAGCUCCAUUCGGACUUCAUGGGCGUCGCGGGCGUCUACCUGCAGCUGAUGCAGCAGAUGCCCUCGGAGAGCCUCUGGGUCUGGCUCCUGGCCACCUCCGAGGAGCGGCUCACGCAGAAGGUGCAAACCUACUUCUUCCGCAUCAUGGCCCUGGCGGUGGACCAGCACCACUGCCUCAAGGCCAUCGCGCGGGAUGCGGUGCUUCGCGGCGUGGAGGGCUGGAAAAAACUCCAUGUCGACUACUUGGCGCAGCAGUGGUACGGCUUCGCCUUCGGAACUUUCAGCCAGCCGGGCAUGUCGGCAGGCGACGGAGGUGCUCCCUCUUCUGCACAGGAGAGCUUCGUGGCCGGCAGCUUCUGGAUAAGCAAAGUCUUCCGCUGGUUCGAUGGCUACGCACAGGAUCUCUACAAGGCCAUGCUCGAGCUGGAGGGGGCGGAACUGACGUCCGGCGAGGGCCCAGUACGCCUGCACCACCAGGAUGAACAGGGAUCCUUUGUGACCUACGAGUUCCUGCGGCGGAAGGUGUUCGGCCAGUGGGCCAUCGACAAAGGGCUCCUCCGUGGACUGAUACGCCACGUCUGGCAGCCGGGCUUUGAGGAGACCACGGCCAUCGGCGACUUCGGAGCCGGAGGCGGCCACUACAGCAAGUGGCUCAAUGAGACCGGCCUGGUGGAGGCUUUUGCCUUCGACGGCACGCACCAGGCUGCCGAACUCACGGAUGGUCUGGUGCAGGAGGUGAACCUCGUGCAGGACCUGACCUUGUGGCGCACCUUUGACUGGGUGCUGUGUCUGGAGGUCGGCGAGCACGUGCCCAAACAGUACUCGUCGACACUCCUGUCGAACCUGAAGCGCCACGCUCGGAAGGGCCUCGUGAUGUCCUGGUCCGACGACUGGGAGGGCAUCGGCCACGUCAACUGCCUCUCGCGGCCUGAGUUCAUAGCCUUCGUUCAAAAGUCCACGGGCUUCGUCCUGGACGAGCCAGCUACAGAGGUGGUGCGCGGGGCAUGCGAAAUUGACUACAUCGCCAGGCGAAAUGCCAGUGGUUACGGCUUCGACCAAUUGAUUUUCGCAUUGGUCUUGGAGCCUCCACUACCUUGGGAAAGCAUUUUGGCAGUGUCCUGGUGUCUCAUGGCGGCGUCUCGAUGGUCCUGGCGGACUUGGCGGCAGGUUUUUAAGGAUGACGUGGAUGUGGGACUCUGGCGGUUUUUCGUGCCCCGAGCUGACGGCGGCUUGUGGCGCGGCGGCGUGCUGCUGAAAAGUGCUGCAAAGCUCGGGCCUCAGCGCAAGGGCACUCGGAAGGCUCGCUUAUAG